GCGGCGGACGAAGGAGCGCUGAGUGGUGGCGGGAGGAUGCGGCGGCGGCGGCAGUGGCGGCAGUGCCCGGCCUCGGAGAGGAGGAGUGGGAGCCUCGAGGCGCUGAGAGUCCCCUUGGCCCAGGGAAGGCGGCGCGGCAGUGGCGGUCCCGAGCUACCGCUAGCCAGCAUGGUGACGCCGCGGAGCCCCUUUGCUUCCACCUCGACAGCGCCCUGGUCGGAGCUCUCAUAGGUCGGGGUGGAAGUAAAAUAAGAGAGCUUGAGGAUUCUUCAGGUUCCAGGAUAAAGGUGAUAAAGGGAGCCUAUGAAGCUGAAGUAAAGAUUUUUGGCAGUGUUGCUGUACAAAACAAAGCCAAGAUGUUGAUUGAUGAUGCUGUUACAAGAUCUGGACAAAACUACAGUAGAGGUGGGAGUGAGAAAGGAAAAACCUUGGACACUAUCAAGCCUAAAGAUAACCCAACGCAAUCAGUGAUUAACUGGGCCUAUCUUCGAGAAAACAGAGCUAAAUAUGAAGCUAUGAAGUGGGCAGACUUGCCUCCAAUAGAGAAAAACUUCUAUAAAGAAUCAUCAAGAACAGCAUCUAUGUCACAAGAAGAAGUGGAGCUGUGGCGGAAAGAAAAUAAUAAUAUAAUUUGUGAUGACUUAAAAGAAGGUGAAAAGCGCUCCAUUCCCAAUCCUGUUUGUAAGUUUGAAGAUGUAUUUGAGCAUUAUCCUGAUAUUAUGGCUAAUAUAAGAAAAGCUGGUUUUCAAAAGCCUACACCAAUUCAGUCCCAGGCAUGGCCAAUCAUACUUCAAGGACUUGAUCUUAUUGGUAUAGCACAGACUGGUACUGGGAAGACAUUAGCAUACUUAAUGCCUGGAUUCAUUCACUUGACUUCACAACCAAUAUCCAAAGAUCAGCGUGGGGGGCCAGGAAUGUUAGUCCUUGCUCCUACUCGAGAGCUGGCUCUUCAAGUAGAGGCAGAAUGUUUGAAGUACACAUACAAAGGAAUUAAAAGUAUUUGCAUAUAUGGUGGUGGGGACCGAAAAGGACAGAUAGACGUGGUUACCAAAGGUGUGGAUAUUGUUAUUGCUACUCCUGGCAGACUGAAUGAUCUUCAAAUGAACAACUUCAUAAAUUUGAAGAGCAUAACGUACCUGGUUUUGGAUGAGGCUGACAGGAUGUUGGAUAUGGGAUUUGAACCUCAGAUUAUGAAAAUCCUGAUAGAUGUGCGGCCUGACAGACAAACUGUUAUGACAAGUGCUACUUGGCCUGAUGGUGUUCGUCGCCUAGCAAAAUCCUAUUUGAAAAAUCCUAUGAUUGUAUAUGUUGGCAGUCUUGACUUAGCAGCAGUAAAUACGGUCGAACAGAGAGUUGUUGUUAUUGCCGAGGAAGAAAAGAGAGCUUUCGUGCAAUGCUUCAUUGAGUCUAUGAAGCCGCAAGACAAGGUCAUAAUUUUUGUGGGAAAAAAACUUAAAGCUGAUGACUUAGCAAGUGACUUAAGUCUCCAAGGAAUUCCAGUACAGUCACUUCAUGGUAACAGGGAACAGUGGGACCGAGAGCAGGCUUUAGAUGACUUCAAGAAAGGCAGAGUCAGAAUACUGGUAGCUACUGACGUAGCCUCCCGUGGCCUUGAUGUGCAUGAUAUUACUCAUGUUUUUAACUUUGACUUCCCACGCAACAUUGAAGAAUAUGUUCAUCGAGUAGGUCGUACUGGAAGAGCAGGACGUACUGGGGAGGCAAUAACACUUGUCACUAAGAAUAACUGGAAGUUUGCAUCUGAGCUGAUUGAAAUUCUGGAAAGAACAGACCAAAUUGUUCCUAAUGAGCUUAUUGCAAUGGCACAAAGAUACAAAGAAUUUCAAAUUAGAAAAGAAAUCGGGAAGGAUCUACGAAGACCUCAGAGCAAGCCCUCAAGAUAACUGUAAUCCCCUGCAGUAAGAAAAGAGUAAGUGAUUAUAGUUAGUGCUAGCCUCUAUGGG